AUGCACGGCAGAGUCAGUGGCGAGGACAAAUACAACGAAUCGAAUCUGGGAAUUGCAAAGGAAUCAGAUCAGGACACCUUUCCCCAAUUUGAAGCAUCUCUCCUGAUGACCGGCUUGGGGUUUGGUGAACACGUCUUCGGGCGUGUCCACGAAUGGAACCGCGUCGUGGAUAGGGGGACUUUGCCUGGCAGAGCAUUUACUGUAGGGCGGCGGAAGCAGCGUUGGCGCAUCAAUAUCCUUGAAGAGGGAGUUCAGACUUGGUGGCGAGGCAGACGUAGCAAUCAGGAAGCCAAGAUUCCGAUCGAGCUCGCUCCUCAGCAAAUUAGGCAGGCAAACCCUGCUGACGCGAAUGAAGCAAUCUGCGCGCUAUUCCACGGUUCAGGUCGGCCGCGAGCAGCUCCUUUAACAGCUGCAGCCCUCAAGGAAAUAGGGAGCAAAUUGAGUCUUGAAUCGGACAAGGCUCUCGGAUCUUGUGGGCGUUGA